CUGCAUUUUGUACAUAACAACAUCGCAGAUCAACGUGAUGUAGGUUGUGCGCCAAAUUAUUCCACACUGCUUUAUCUUGCCCUGAAGCCUGAUCCAUACAUCUGAACGCGCCGUAAGGAAUCAGCUAUAGAAACGUACUGGUAGCACACAGCUGUACUUAACAUGCUCCUUUCUUACGGGCGGCCUGUUAAUAGGCCUGCUUUCCGUUGCCAAUCGCCACAGCGGCUCUGUAGAUUCCAUGCUGCUAUACGUGCCUACCCUGAACAUAUCAGCAAGCUAGAUAACACAUCCUCACGGCGCGGAGUGCUGCUGGGGUUGCUGGGUUCUGGUGCAGCUCUGGCGCAGGGCUCUCAGCUGACCCAGCCAGCCUCCGCGGAGCCCCUUUCAUUUGGCGGUAGCAGCAACAGCGACAACAGCAGCAGCACCACAAGUAGCAGCAGCAGCAACAGCAGCGGGGCAACUGCCCAACCACGCACCUCUCCCACGCCGCGAUCAGAUCCAAACGGAUCCCUAUCACAACCACCGCCAUCUUCUCAACCACCAGCUGCCAACGGCUCCAACGGAAAUGGCAACGGCGGGGCAGCCUCACAAUCCAGUUCGAGUAGUGGCAACGGUAACGGUAACAGCAACAAUGGCGGCGCCAGCAGCAGCAGCACUACCCCCAGUGGCAGCAGUGGCAGUAGCUCGUCGUCUGCUACCUCGUCAACCUCAACCACCACAACGACCACGACGACUCGUAUAACCACCCUCGACGACGCGUCGCUAACGGACGAGGCGGCUCGGCGGCUGUUGCAGGAGGAGGAGGAGCGGAGGCGGCGGCGGAAGCGGUCUCAGGGGCGGCUCAGAGAGCUGGAGGAGAUCCGCAUGGAGUUGGCUGAGAAGGAGCUGUCACUGCUGGAGAAGGAGAAGGCGCUGCUGGCGCAGGAGCAGACGCUGGCGGUGCUGACGGAGGAGCUCGAGGUGGAGCGGAAGCUGCGGGCGCUGCUAACCAAGGAGAAGGAGCGUGCGGAGGAGGAGGCGGCGCUAGCCAUGGGCCUGUGUACUGGCGGUUUCGCACUGCCGUGAUGGGGAUGACCCAUGGGUCACUGGGUUGUUUCUGCGAUCAUUGGGAACACAGCUUCCGGUUCUCGUCCUGACACAGCCUGUUUGCGCUGUCCUGUUUAGCUUAUGCCUCCACUGAAAUGAAAGCCCCGGAAGUGCCGCUACCAAUUGGACAAACUGCUCACGACGACUCCUAAAAGCCGGAUGAGGCCGCUUUUUGUGCAUGAGUCGGUUAGUUGCUUCCGCUGGUGUGAACUGGCGUCGUGUUGCGUGUCUAUGUAUGUGUAUGAUGUUCCUUGACGCCUCGGACUCCUUCCCCGGGCCCCAUGGUGUGACCCAUGGGUCGACACUGACGAUGCGAUGGCGCUUGCUCCCUACUGCGGCCGGGUCUUGCAUGGUGUAGAGCCCACAGUUGAAGUCAGAUGUAGAUGGAUGGCUGCUAGGUGGGUGUGCAGUGCUUCACAUCGUAACACUAGGUUUUAUGGAGCUGGUACGGUAUAUGUGGAACCAAGCCGCCUUGCUGCGUAGAUAUGCUGUACGGGGUAAUGCUCGGAAACAUGCGAUCCGCUUGCUUUGGACUAUAAAGGUUUACGGUUUGCACAGCGAAUGGCGUGCUGCCAUGCAGAGCACACCGCAUGCUGCUAAGCGCUUGCGCAUUUCCAGCAAGAGUCGGGAUUAGACAGUCUGAGCCGC